AUGGACGACUCUAAAGAAGAGUACGAGGCUGCUUUCCGGUCGCUGCUCCGGUUCUACCAGUCUAAGUCCUUGUCUGACGAUGAAAAUGCCAGCAAGGAGCCAGUGUUCAACCCUGAAGCGGUCAUCGCCCACUGCUUCAAGCAGUUCAAGCAGGACUUCCAGCCGCCCAGGAGCCGCCGGCGGGUCAUCAUCCUGCCGCAGAAGGAGGUUCCGAGGCCCGUCCACCCAACGCCCGAACCCCAGACUCCCACGGAGCCCACCCCCACCCCCAAGGCCCCGGAAGUUGACAUCCAAGAACAGCCGGAGGACCCGAGGGCGUGGCUCAGAAAGAGGUUGAAGAUGCGGAAAGACCUGGAAUCCUUCGGCAACGUCGAGAGGUGGCUGCAGAACAAGGCCAGCCUCACGCUGUCCGAGGCUAAGGUCCUACGUGAUAUCCACAAGGUUCGGCAAGUGGCUCGGCUGCCAAGCCAGCUGGUCAUGAGCAGGGACACCGCGAAGAAAAGCCAGCGACCCUCGCGCCGGCAGGUGCCCCAGCUCCAGCUGCCCAAACCCCCCGCCCUGUCAACCUUGUUCUCCCACCUGCUCUGCCGCAAGAUGAAGAUCCUGGAGCUGUUCCACAAGGCGGACCGGGGCGAGCACCAGAUCUCCAGGGAGGAGUUCAUCGCGGUUCUCAAGGCGAUUAGAGUCCCUCUGAAAAGCCAGGAGGUGGAGGACAUUGUGAUCUACCUCAGCUCUCUGGGGAAGCACAACAGCAUCACGAUGGAUAACCUGGCCAGCACCUACAAGCAGUGGUCUUUGGCUCAGCAGCGAAGCACCCUGACCACGGCGACAGAGAAUUCCAGAUGGUCCUCGGACGGUGGCUUCGCACAGAGUCCAUCCCCGAAGCAGAAGGCGGAUGUAUCCCCAGAGGCUCCCAAGAUGGACCUGCUGACGGUGCCCGUGGUCGACACGGAGAUGGAGGCACGGCCCAUGACGCUAGAGGAGAUGGAAGAUGUGGGCAAGCACUACCGAGACAGGAAGCGGCAGAACAAGCUGGCCCUCCCCUCCAUCCAAUACACCGAGCAGUGCCGCCUGGUGCGCAGCGGGGACAAGCACUUCGACGAGCACUGCCUGCCGUCCACCAUCCACGGGGAGAUGGAGGGCAUCCUCAACAGGUCCCGCAUGGACACCUUCCUGGUCUACCUGCAGUGCUGGAAGGUCUGCGAGGCACACGGCCUCCCGCUGACCGAGGACAUCCUCAUGAGAGCCCUGAUGUACCCAGGGGACAAGAUCAUUUUCCAGAAGGACCAGGUGCGCCCGAUCCGGCAGCCGGGAGGCUACUACUCAGACUUCAAGCCCUUCAGUGCAAACCUGGCCCCGCUCCAGCCCCAGGCCGUUCCCGUUCCUGUGGCUCAGAAGCCUGACAACAGGAAAAUGCCGAAGAAAAUCAAGAAAAUCAAUUUUAAGGAAUUUGAGGACUUCACCAGGAAGCUGAAGGAGAAGCCCAGCGGUCCGCAGCUAACCCAUCCCAACUUCUUCUGGCCGGGUCACCUCCUGGACAAGCUGCGGCUCUACCUGCCCACUGUGACCAUGGACCGGAGCCUGGCCAUCUUCAGCUGUGUCCAACAGCAGCCCCACGUCUACUCGGCCACCUACCACCCCAACCGCUGGUGGCCCAUUAAGGACAUGAAUUACGUGACCUACGCCCAUUACGAUGCCCACAAGAUCUAUCACAUCAACUAGAGUGGCCCAGGUGCUGCCAGACCUAGCUCAUCCUGGGGCCAGGCACCAGUGCAGGUAGCAGCCCAGAGCCGUAGACGCAGGGAGGGCAUCAAAGAGCCAAGCAAGAGAAGUCGUUUCAAUGGGAAGGCCUGGGCCAGCUGUCUCCAGACAAAGAGUCUAGUGUCUCAGAGGGUGGAUGUGUCCAGGGAAA